UGAAGCUUCCUGUCAUAAUGAGGAUGAAACCAUUGAAACGAUUGAGGCUGCUGAGGCACUCCUCAAUAUGGAUUCUCCUGGCCCUGUGCUGGAUGAAAAAAGAACUAAUAACAUAUUUAGUCAUUCUGAAGAUGACAUUGUUGCUCCAAUCACCCAUGUAUCCGUCACAUUAGAUGGGAUUCCUGAAGUGAUGGAAACUCAACAGGUGCAAGAGACAUAUGCAGAUUCACCAGGAGCCUCAUCCCCAGAACAGCCUAAAAGAAAGAAAGGGAGAAAAACUAAACCACCACGACCAGAUUCGCCGGCUACUACUCCAAAUAUAUCUGUGAAAAAGAAAAACAAAGAUGGGAAGGGAAACACAAUUUAUCUUUGGGAGUUUUUAUUGGCCCUUCUCCAGGAUAAAGCUACCUGUCCUAAAUAUAUCAAAUGGACCCAGCGAGAAAAAGGCAUUUUUAAAUUGGUAGAUUCUAAAGCAGUAUCCAGGUUGUGGGGGAAACACAAAAACAAACCUGAUAUGAAUUAUGAAACCAUGGGAAGAGCACUCAGGUACUAUUAUCAGAGGGGUAUUUUGGCCAAAGUGGAAGGUCAGCGCUUGGUGUAUCAGUUUAAGGAAAUGCCAAAAGACCUUAUAUAUAUAGAUGAGGAGGAUGCAAGUUCCAGCAUAGAGUCUUCGGAUCCAUCCUUAUCUUCAACAACCACUUCAAGUAGGAAUCAAGCAAGCCGUUCAAGAGUAUCUUCAAGUCCAGGUGUAAAAGGAGGAGCCACUUCAGUUCUAAAACCAGGGCAUUCUAAAGUGGCAAAACCCAAAGAUCCUGUGGAAAUUGCACAGCCAUCAGAAGUUGUGAGGACAGUGCAGCCCUCACAGUCUCCAUAUCCUACCCAGUUAUUCCGGACUGUUCAUGUUGUACAGCCAGUACAAGCUGUCUCAGAAGGAGAAGCAACCAUAACCAGCACCAUGCAGGAAGAAACUAUUCCGAGUAUUAGGACUAUUCAGGCUUCAACCCAAGUUCCAGUGGUCGUGUCUCCUGGUAAUCAGCAAUUACAUACAGUAACACUCCAGACAGUGCCACUCACAACGGUUAUAGCCAGCACAGAUCCAUCAGCAGGUGCUGGAGCUCAGAAAUUUAUUUUACAAGCCAUUCCAUCAUCACAACCUAUGACAGUACUGAAAGAAAAUGUUAUGCUACAGUCACAGAAGCCAAGUUCUCCUCCUUCAAUUGUCCUUAGCCCUGCUCAUGUACAGCAGGUUCUUACAAGCAAUGUUCAAUCCAUUUGCAAUGGAACCGUCAGUGUGGCUUCAUCUCCAUCCUUCAGUGCUACUUCUCCUGUGGUGACCUUUUCUCGAAGUUCACAAGUGGUUGCUCACCCACCUGGCACUGUAAUAACUUCUGUCAUCAAAGCUCAAGAAAUAAAAACUCAUAUGAAAGAAGUGAAAAAGGAGGUUGAAGAUGAUUUGGAAGAAUACACAGAGAAAACUGAGCAGCCACCACAGCCCUAUGUGAUGGUGGUAUCCAGUUCAAAUGGAUUUACCUCUCAGGUAGCUAUGAAGCAAAACGAACUCUUGGAACCCAACUCCUUUUAAUAUACCAAAAAAAUUAUGGAUAAUUUUUUAAAAAUUGAACUCAUUUUCAGUUGUCUGCAAACUAUCUGAUUAAACCUAAGAUAAAUCCAGAGAGAUUCCUAAUUUUAUAACUGCUAAAUUUCUAGUUAAUUUUGACUUUGUUAGAUGAGGGAGGAAAACCUAAGUGUUUCUUUAUUCUCCAAAUGUUUCUGAAUUCAGUUUUGAAGGAACAGGCAUUUUAUACUACGAAGACAUUCUUCUUGAGAUUUUUUUUCAGUUGUUAUAAGCAUUUUUAGAUUUUCUUUUCUAAUUUUACAUUGUAUUAGCUUUUCUGGUUCUUUUGUAAAUACAAUACUUAAAUACAAAUCAACAGGAAAUUUAUGUAGGAACUAUUUUCAUUCCACUAUUAUACAUUUUAGUCUUGGCUGUUUCAAGUGCAAGAAACUUAUUUUAUACUUUGUCAAAAUUAUGAUGUCAUUUAGAUUGACUUUAGUUGGCCACUGUAUGAUUAUAUAAAAUAACAUUAAAAAUUGGAAUGUAUCCUUGAUACAUAUAUCUGAAACUA